ACAAGAAGAAUAAGAGACGUGGUCUACAUUCAGAAUCUCAGUCUUUUGGGAGACACAGAAGAAGCAUAAUGAACAAUAAGCCAGUGUUUAUAAAGCUGUUGUAGAAGCAAGAAAGACUACCAAAGAACAUGUGCUCUGGGCCUUCACGAAUUAAUAUUUUGACAGGCAGAAAAUGGAAGCAUAAUGUUGAGUAGCAGACACAGAAGAACUGGGAAGCAUGGGUUUAUGCAAAGGGGCCUGGACUCGGAAACCAAGAAACAACUAGAAGAAGAAGAAAAGAAAAUCAUUAGUGAAGAGCACUGGUACUUGGAUUUGCCAGAGCUUAAAGAGAAAGAGAGUUUCAUAAUAGAAGAGCAGAGUUUCUUAUUAUGUGAAGAUCUUCUUUAUGGUAGAAUGUCGUUCAGAGGAUUUAAUCCUGAAGUUGAGAAAUUAAUGCUUCAGAUGAAUGCUAAGAACAAAGCAGAAGAAGUUGAAGAUGAAACAGUGGAGCUCGAUGUGUCAGAUGAAGAAAUGGCUAGAAGAUACGAAACCUUGGUGGGGACAAUUGGAAAAAAGUUUGCCAAAAAAAGAGACCGCGCCAAUUAUGAAGAGGAUGAAAAUGGAGACAUAAAACCAAAUAAAGCAAAGAAGACAUUCUUAAAGCCCCAAGAUUAAAAUGGAUGCCUUAAGAUAUGGCUCAGGGAUGCCUUGUGAGAGUUAACAUUUUUCGAAACUCAUUCCAAUGGUUUCUGAUAUUGUAAUGUUCACUUGUAAAGAAAUGUAUAAUUUUGUAAACAGGCUGUUUUUAAAACAGGUGUAUGAUGGAUGUUAUACAUCCUUUGCUUAGUGGUAUUCAUCAAGAGUGGAUUUUUAGCUUUGAUCUUCAGAUGUACAUAGGUACAUGGUUGCUUCCUAAAGAUUUUUGGCCUCGGGUUUUUUCCAGUCACUGACCUUGAUUUGACUGAUAAAUUAAUACCAGUGUUUAAAUUGUUUUUAUGUUUACAUUUUACUUGAUACUAUUAAUCACGUCAAGCCAAUUCACACAUACAUUUUUGGAAUCAAAUGUUAUGAGAAUUUAUUGUAUUUAAAUUCAUCAAGAACAAACACGUCCAGCUUGAAGUACUUGCAUAUUAACAAGUCAUUGUCAAUUUGUGGAAUUAUGAUUUUUUUUUAUUUAAAGUCUUUAAUAAAAAAAUAAUAAUUAUUCUGUUUUCA